AUGUCUCUGUAUCAGAUCAUCUAUGGUAAGUCCUGUCACAUUCUGGUGGAGCUGGAGUAUCGUUCAUAUUGGGCAGUUAAGAGCUGCAACACCGAUUUAGAAGAAACUGGCCUGAACCGAAUCCUUCAAAUUCAAGAACUUAAAGAAAUGCUGUUAGAUACCUACAACAGCUCAGACAUCUCCAAGCAAAAAACGAAGCUUGUCCAUGACCCUAACAUCUUGAGAAAGAAGUUUAAGAAGGGUGACAAGGUGUUGAGGCAUCAACCUCAAUUCAAAUUAAAGAAGGGUAAGUUCAAGACGAGCAGGGAUGGACCCUAUAUUGUUACAAAAGUGUAUCACUUUGGGAUGAUAGAGAUCAAGGAGGAGGCCACAGGAAAAAUAUUUCAAUGUAACGGCCAUCUCCUUGAAGAGCCCAUACUAACAUCUUAA